UCAAUCUGUCAACAUUGGUCUGAAAACCUUACAACCCUAGUCUCUCUCUGUCCUCCUCAUCUUUCUCUCUCUCAUACACACACACACAAAGCACUCUCUCACUCCUCUCCCUGCCGGCAAGUGCCUCACUUUUUCUCGUGCUUCCGCCACCUCUCUCCUCCAUAGCCGCCACGCCUGUGCCGUAAGAAAAUCAAUUCACUUUCAAUUCGAAAUUUCCGACCCUGCACAUCUUGUCUCCGGUAAAUUCAUAUUUGUUUCACUAAUUUUAUCCGAAUAAACCCGUGGGGGUAUUUAUUUUUUGCAUAGUUAUGGGGACGGGGGACAAUGGGGGUAGUAGUGGUGGUGAUCGGCCUGAUAAUCAGAAUGACGUGGUUGUUGAUGGGCCGCCCAAGUCGCCAUGGAAAACAUCGGCCGGGGCUCCUCCGGUGAUGGGGCCUGAUUCGGAGUCUUGGCCGGCGCUUUCCGACGCACAGCAGCCGCGGCCUAAGAAUAAUGGAAAUGCCGAUUCCAACUCCGCCAAUUCGCCUCCCCUGCCGUCGCAAGCUGACGCUGAUGGUGGUGGGGCUCCUCCGGCGGCUCCUCCGCCGGUCACGGCCGAGCAGCAGAAGUUCCAUGGAUGCGGUAAUAUUAAAUCUCCCCGUAGGCCCUACUAUCAAAACAAAGCUGGCCCCAAGCAUGGCUCCAAUGGUUUACCACCAUAUCCUGUUCCCUUACCCUAUUAUCCGCCAACAUUUCCCCCCGUUUUCCAUACAAUGGUUCCGCCAAUUUCUUCCCCUGGACAUUCUUACCAGUUUCCCCACAGCCCUCUUCCAAGAGCUGAUGCUCAAUUGGUUAAGUCUGGUAGUGAUCCAGCACAAGCUUUUGUGUCACCGGUAAAUGGGGGUGGGGGUUUUCAGCCUUCACCGCGGGCUGAUCAGAGGGUGCGUGAUUCUAGUUCUGCUGGAAGAAGGCCUAACACUAAAGAACAAGGGGGCCAAAUGAAUCCUUCCUGGAAUAAUCAACGAUCAGCUGCAUCUAACAACUUUCAUUUGCAGCAACCUUUGGGACCAAGACCUUUCAUAAGGCCUCCAUUGUUUGGUCCCACAGGCUUUGUUGAUGGACCAAACUUCCCAGGUCCACCUGGAGCUAUCUAUUACUAUCCGCCUGCACCUCCAGCCUUUGUUAGAGUACCUUACCCACCAUUUUUGGUUCCAUGUCCUUUCAGCCCUGGAGUUCCCAUGCCACCCUCGCCAGUAGUAGCCUUGAAAGCUAACAUUAUCAAGCAAAUUGAAUAUUAUUUCAGUGAUGAGAAUCUGCAGAAUGAUCACUAUUUGAUUUCAUUGAUGGACGACCAAGGCUGGGUUCCAAUAUCGGUUAUUGCUGACUUUAAACGGGUUAAGAGAAUGAAUGCAGAGAUACCAUUUAUCCUAGAUGCAUUGCAGGCUUCAGGGACUAUUGAAGUGCAGGGUGAUAAGGUAAGGAGACGUAACGAGUGGUCAAGGUGGAUUCCAGCUUCUCGGAUGAGUAAAUCCUCACCCGUAGUUACAAGUACGGUGAAGAAUGAUGAUCACAAUGACAGUAAAAUUCAUAGUUCUGAAGGAACAAUAGGACUUCCUCCAGCAAAUCAAAGCACUGUGGAUCACCUGCCACGAUCCACUGAUAACGAAUCCGAGCAAAGCAAGGAUAAGGUUCUUUCAAGUGGUGAAACACAAGAAGUUGCUUCAGGAAAUUAUAUUUCGGGAAUGGAGUUGGGUUUUCUGUCCAACAAUAAUGAACCAAAUUCCUCAGCUACACAAGUUGCUGAUUCUGUGAAGCCCAUCAUUCUGGAAAACACUGAACACAGAAAGAAGCAGGUUUCGUCAAAUCUGGAUGUGCAGAAUAUGGGUAACUCAUCUAGUGAUUUUUCAAGCACAUUUAUGCUUGAUGAAGAGCUGGAACUGGAGCACAAGAUGACAAGGAAUGACCAUCCUUCUACAGUGGAAAGGGUUGAUGAUGAAGAUGAUGAAAUCACUGUUAAUGAUCAAGUUGUGGACAGGCUUGUAAUUGUCACUCAGGAUAGUCGGAUGAGUGAAGGACAUGGUGAAGAAUCAAAAACCAUAUCCAGUGAGCUUGCUUCUGCUAUAAAUGAUGGCCUCUACUUUUAUGAGCAGGAACUAAACUCGAAAAGGUCUCAUCGUAGGCAUAAUAAGCCUAUUAAUGAAAGCAGGGAUGAGAACUCCAGAUAUUCUGCUAACAGUGCUGCUGUACUGAAUUCGAGGUUCCCAGAUCAUUCUACUGGAAGAGGCAGCAGUGAAGGACCUGGAUAUUCUAUUUCUCGAAGGAAGCAAAAUAAAGGCAGCUCAAAGCAACAGUCCAUUCAGAAGCAGCGGCUGUUCCAUGGAAAUUUUAAAGCUCAUUCAAGUGGCCGAAUUUCUGCCGGAGUAAUAUCUGAAAGUCCACCUAGUGAUGCAGUUGGUUUUUUCUUUGGUUCUACACCUCCAGAUAGUCAUGGGUUCAGGCCUUCAAAGUUGAGUGCUUCACCUCAGAGCAAUCUCUCAGGAAGUAGUCCACCAGUUGGUUCAGUGCCAAAGUCGUUUCCACCAUUUCAACAUCCAAGUCAUAAACUUUUGGAGGAAAAUGGUUUCAAACAGCAGUUGUACAAGAAAUACCAAAAGCGCUGCCUUAGCGAGCGAAAGAAAAUGGGCAUUGGUUGCAGUGAGGAGAUGAACACACUGUAUAGGUUUUGGUGUUAUUUCUUAAGGAACAUGUUUGUUCCUUCCAUGUAUAAUGAAUUCCAGAAGCUGGCUCUAGAGGAUGCUGCUGCUAAUUACAAUUAUGGAUUAGAGUGCCUAUUCAGGUUUUAUAGCUAUGGCUUGGAGAAGGAAUUUAGACAAGACGUCUAUGAGGACUUUGAACAGCUGACGCUUGACUUCUAUAAAAAGGGGAACCUUUAUGGCCUAGAAAAGUAUUGGGCAUUUCACCAUUAUCGGGAGGCCCGUGAUCAUAAAGAACCACUUAAGAAGCAUCCAGAACUGGACAAGCUGCUAAGAGAGGAAUUCCGUAGUUUGGAUGACUUCAACCGUGCCAAGGCAAAGAAUGCCGUACAAGAAGGUACCCAUUAAGCUAUCGGCUGAUGUUUUUGCUGUUGCAACAAGUUUUGGGAAGAGAAGAUUCUAACAUUCUAUAGAGCUAGCUGAUGUUGGUGGCCCAUUUUGUUGUGGGUAUUUAAGGAUGUUUUUUGUACAUAGUAUGUCGACAGGCACUAUUUUCGGCCCAUUAAGCUGGACAGAGUGUUUGAUACCGUAGAGGUUCUUGUUCCUAAGGCCUCUAUAGGAUUCUUUUUGAUGUCCAACAGCUUGAUGGGGCUUUUCUCUUUUUGCCAAUAGGGUUUGUAACUUGUAUAUAAGGAUAAUCUUGAAGCCCAAAAAACCAAAAAAAAUUAUAGAUAAUAAAGACAUCAGAGUUUUAAAACAUGGAA